AUGCUGGCGCUUGCAUGGAUAUUCAACUGGUGGUAUCAACCAGAACCUAUUACUCCCGAAUUACAAAAAGAAACUGAAUCAACUAUAAAAUCCAACAAGAUUGUUAUUUAUUCAAAAACAUUUUGUCCAUUUUGUAAAUAUACCAAAGAAGUAUUUGAUGAAUUAGGUGAAGAUUAUUUAAUAGUCAAUUUGAAUACUUUAGAAGAUGGUUUAAGUAUUCAAAAUUUCUUAUAUGAUAAAACAGGUCAAUAUAUGGUUCCUAACGUGUUUAUUAAUGGGAAACAUAUUGGUGGUAAUUCCGAAGUACAAACUUUGAAGACCGAAGGGAAAUUGGAAGAACUUCUUAAAUAG